GGUCAUCAAGUGCAAUGUCGGCGUCGGGCAACCCCAUCGAGAAGGAUGGUAUCGAGUCCUUCCGCAUCGCAGCCCAGCGUGCGCUCAAGGACCAGAAGGUGCAGUAUGAGCUCGAGCAGCAAGUGGUUGAGCUUGGUCGGCUCCAAGUCGAAAACAAGCAGCUCCAUGGGCGCAUCAAGGAGCUCCAGACCGCGCUCGAGGCGGGCAUUGAAGACCGCGAGCGCGUCAUUCUCUUCAAGAUGAAGCGUAUUGACGAGCUCCAAGAGAAGCUAGCCAUACUGGAGACCGAGGUGCAGCAGCAGACAAACGGCGCGAUUCGGGCGAUGCAAGAAAAGCUCGACGUCAUGACGCAAGAUCGCGACUUGUACUUUGCCAAGUACAAGGAAGCGGACGAGCUCCUUGACGAAAUGCGGUCGUUCAAGGCUGUAAAGGAUGGCAUGCAGUCGGACAUUGACCGACUUGGUCGCGAGCGCAACGACCUCCAGCAACAACUUUUGAGCCAAAUGACGGAGCUCGAGAAGAAGAACAUUACCGACAUCCAGCGCAUGCGCAAGCAACAGGAAGAUGAAGUCCUUCGUACGCGCAACGACAUGCACAAGAUGAUGACCGAGAGCCUCGAUGGCACAACGCGCCGAGCCGUCGAAGAGAACGAGCGACUCACGCUCGAGCUCCGGUACCAAUCGUCCAAGAUUGAAAAGCUCGUCAAGCAGACCGACGCCCUCUUGCGGGAAAAGCAAGAGCAACGCAACAACACGGAUAUUCUCUCGGAAAUGACCGAAACUUUGUCCCGCAAGGUCAAAUUUUACGAAAAAUUGUUUCAGAAAAUGCACUACAAGGAACGCAUGGCCGUCGAGCAGCAGCUUGUGGCGGCCCAGCAGGCGUCUGUCGCGGAGAAACAGAUCAAGUACGACCUUGUGCACGGCCGCACGUCGCCGUCCAAGCAAACCGCAACACCCGAAGCAGAACCCAUGCUAUUGGACCCCGGUACGCCGUGGAAAGAGGCGCUCGAGACACAUCUGGAAGCGCGAAGCAAGACCCAGCGCAGUAUCGGGAUCGUCUUGCAGUACAAUCGAUUUAUGGCCGGCGGCGACCACCCCUUGACCCCACACAAGCCGAGCCCGGGACGCAAGACGAAGAAAUCUGUUAUGGCACGCCGCUUCAUGACGGCCCAAGCGAUCGAAACCGUGCGGCUGCCCAACCUCACGGAAACUGAGGCGCCACUCAAGUUUGUGUCCAAGUGCGAGUACCUUGACUCAACGUCCCCACGGCGGCCCCGGGAGAGCCCCAAGACGGCUCGUCUAUAGUCGCCGACGCAUAACCCUAAACCCUUUAAAUGAUACUACAGUAUUCCGCACUGCAC